AUGGCCGAUGAUGCGAUUGCCCGUAUCGAGCGGCAGCAGGCCCAAAUGGCCGCCAUGACGAAACGUCGACAAGAAAAGGAAGCCGAACGGGCCCGUAAAAAUGAAGAACGAGAUUUAUUACUGCAAAUGAAAGAGCGAGAGGCCAACAAUCGGAUUGCCCAACUCAAUGCGGCCGAAGAGAGACGACAAGCCGCCAUCAAAAAAGCCGCGUCGCAACAAAAGGCAGAAUCGCAAAGUAUCAAAGACAAAAUGGCCAAACUCAAAGCCAAGAAAUUAAAGGCCAAGCAAGAAAAGAAAAACAAGACCACGGCGGCUCCUGCUCCUGCUGCUGAAGCACCCAAAAAGAAAAAAGCCACUCCCCGCAAAUCGGUGGAAGCCCAAAAGUUGGCAGGAAAGGCCGCCCUCAAAAAGGCAGCCGAAUUGAAACGUCGCGGCGAGCAAGCCAGAGAAUUGUCCGACAUGGCGACGGAACGAAUGCGACACGUCAAUGAAAUUGAUCGCGACCAAAAACCAAAUGGAACAAAAGAUGACAGUACUAAUGGCGUUGAAUCACUGGAUGAUAUGGUCAAGAAAACAAAAGGCAUAAUAGCCAAAGCCAAUGUCAAGGGCACUCUCAACAAAAAGAAGCAACCCACCACAAAGGCAAAACCCAAAAAGAAACCAGUCGAGGAUUCUUCCGAUUCGGAAUCAUCCUCGGGAUCAUCUUCGUCUGGAUCCUCCUCGUCGUCUGGAUCAUCUUCGUCGAGUAGUGGCAGUAGUGGAUCGGCAACCACACAACAGGAUGAUAUCACCAUUGAUGAUUCCUAUCAUUCCAAAAACGAACCACCACCAAAGAAAAAUGGGAAAACAACCAAAAAAGCAGCAACAACCACAAAGGCAAAAAAGACAAAUGGUGUCAAGGGAAAAACAGCAGCCAAGGGCGGCAAACCACAAAAGAAUGGGAUCAAAAAGAAAAAAUCAUCGAAGCAAGACGACGACAAGGAGAUGGAACUAUCCGAUCUUCUCGUCAAAUUUGAUGUCGAAGAAAACAGUGCUGUGUUUGCCGAUUCCUUUGGAGCGUUUGAGGAUUCGGACAGCUCUAUGUAG